GGUACGAAGGUGAAAACUGGGACGCUACUGGACCUCAGCAUGAGCGUUCAGGCUGCCGGGGAGCCCCUUGCCACCUCCUCUCAAAUCCAGAGAGGGGAGGCUGUCAGUAUCAACUCUAGCCAAGAUGUGAUGUCUUUUAGAGAGCGGAAGAGGAAGACUGGGUGCACAAGAAACUCUCGUUCCCUCCUCUGCAGCAGUCCACAGAGGGAGAGAGACACACUGAAGCAAGCACGAGCCCCUCCAAGAGAAAAAGGCAGUCGUCCAUCACUCAACCUGGCCUUCUGCAACCCUCUCAGUUCACCAUCAUCUGCAGCGGAGCACCACCCAGGAAGGUGGUGCCAGUCUUUCCUCGACCGGCAGGGUGUCUCGUCCUGGAGCAGCCCGGUCUCUCAUCAGUGAGAAUCUGCCUCGUGGCUACAAUAGCCGAGUCCCCAAACUCUACUCUGUGGACGGAGUGGAAGUUGAGAGUCUGUCUCAGCUCUGGGCAACUAACAGAGUCUUAAUAGCUGCAGACAAUGGAGACUUUAUACUUCACGCAUUGAUGGCUCCACACCACUAGGCGUGGGUGUUUGGGCCAGCCAGCAGAUGAUCACGAGCAACAAAUACGGAAGGAGAGAAAACCGGAGCAGGAGAUGAGCAAGCGGACCACAGGCCUAGUGGUCUUCCGACACAACCAAGGGGCACGUAGUACAGGAACUGAAGCAAGGAGAAGAGAUACAGACAUAUUCUCCAAGUGAAAGGGUCAAUGAGGACACCAACACUGCUUCAGAGGAG